UACUUUCCGGUGACCCUCUGGUUGCUAGGUAUUUUUAGCGUCCCUCCUGUUUGUGGUUGCCAGCUAUUUUUUCGUUCACUGUCCGACAAAGCGAGCAAAAAUGUACUUUAUGGAUCUCGUUUACUUGUUAACGCAUCACAAACUUGUUUGUACGUCAAUUCUCCCAAAUCAAAUUACGUGCGAAUAAGCUUGAACCCUAGAUCUAUAAACGUUUUUGAAUGAAAGCAGAAAUCGUUCCCGUCUAAAGGGGUAUUAAAUGUUUUCGGUACACACAUGAGUUCCAGUGAGGAAGCCAAGAUGGGGGACGUCUUGGCAACAGAAGCUGAUCUUCUUGGGAUGAUCAAAGAGUACCUCACGUUUGAGGAGUUUGAGGAGACUGUUCAGGUUUUUGACAAGGAAUGCAAAAGGAAAGGCAAGCUUGUCUCAAAACCGAGAGGAAAUGCUCUAAGAGACUCUAAGACUCGUGUCAUUCAGAAGGACCUUCUUAGCUCAUUUGAUGACGGAGACCACAAGGUGUUUUUUGAGCUGUGGACAGAGAAUAUUCCCUCUGAGGUCAAACACACAGACACUGAAGCACAAAGCCUUGAGUUCUACCUCCAUAUCCACUUUUCCAUCUAUCCACUGAGAAGACACCCUAAUAGACGAGACCAAGCUGAGUUUGAGGAGAGGAUUUCUCUCUUUAAGCAGUACCUUGAAACUCGGGGUGCAGCUUUGAGUCAGACCACUGAGUUCUUGCCUUACUACGCUUUGCCUUUUGUUCCCAACCCCACCGUUCACCCGUCCUUCAAAGAUCUUUUUCAGGAUUCAUGGAUCCCACAGUUGAAAUCUAAGCUGGAGAAAUUCCUUUUACAGUCAUUAAAAUCAUCCAAGACACCGAGGCUGCUGACUUUAUAUAAGGAGGGUGGAAGGAGUACAAAAGAGGACGUGCAGCAGUUACAGCUCCAGCUCGCUGAAUCGGAUCGACGCAUCACCAGCUAUGUGCGGAAGUUUAACAAGACUCAAGCUGAUUACCGCAACCUUAUUGGAAUCACUGCUGAGCUGGUUGACACGUUGGAGGCCACCGUCAGCGGGAAGAUGAUUUCCCUAGAGUACCUUCAGAGUGUGUAUGUCCGCCUGUUCAGCAGCCAGAUGAGACAGCGCAUGGUGCAGAGCACCGAUUUCACCAGGCCUGGAACAGGAUAUUACUCUUUGAGUCCUUAUGAUGAUGGCUAUGCCUCCUCCAUGCUACGAGCAUCCAUUGCACCGCAGAGACCUAAAGACGUGCCAAUGUUGCCCUCGUUAGACUAUGAGAAGCUGAAGAAGGACUUGGUAGAGGGCCCACUCAGACUCCGGUGUCUCCUGCUGCAGGCCUUACGUUGGAGACUGACUCGUUCGCUCCCAGGCGAGCAGAGAGACACCGUGCUUCAGGGCUUCAUCAGCAAUGAUCUGCUGAAAUGUUACAAUACAAAUCAGAAAACUGUGCUUGAUAUGAUGAGAUCCAACAAUGAGGUGGUUCGUCAGUACACGGCUCGUCUCAUCAAUGCAUUUGCUUCCCUUGCAGAGGGCCGUGCUUACCUCUCACAGAUCCCCAAGCUGCUGAAAGUUCUGACCGAAGCUUUAAAAACGGAGGACAAAGAGUCCCUGACUAGAAAAAAUGUCCUGGUGGCUCUGCAGAAACUUAGCCUGAGGAGAAGCCAGCAGACGGCCAUGAUUGAUGAUGGUCUGAUCGGUUGGCUUGUAGAUGAGCUGCAGGACCCGGACUGCCUGAGUGACUACACCCUGGAGUACUCUACAGCUCUGCUUAUGAACUUGUGUCUGCGUACUAAAGGAAAAAGGAAGUGUGCAGAGAUCGCCAAGCAUGUGCUCAAAGUUCUGACUGACCUCCUCGGACACGAGAAUCACGAGAUACGACCCUAUGUGAACGGAGCUCUCUACAGUAUCCUGAGCGUCGCCUCGGUGCAGCAGGAAGCCAGAGAGAUGAGCGUUGAGGAAAUUCUUCGCUGUUACAACAAAGAGGAGAACCCAGAUCUUAACCGGCAGAUUGAGUUCAUAAUCAAACAGUUAAACUCAGCAGAAGAAGAGGGACCAGAAUCGGAUGACGAAGAAGAUGAGGAUGACAAUGAUGAAGAUUUAAUGGAGAUAGACCUUGAUAAAGAGGAAGUUUUUCAACCACAGCAGAGAGAACUGUCUGGAGAGAGUCUGCUCACCACAGAGUACUUAGGGAUUAUGACCAACAUGACUAAAGUGAAGAGGAAGUCAACUCCUCUGCCUCAGCCAAAUGAUGAUGAGCCCUUACAGCGGCCGGUCACCCCCAGUUCCUAUCGUAAUGUAAGCACGGGCGAGAUUGGAGCCGGCAGUCGGGGAUGUGAGAGCGACAGAAACAGGGAAUAUCCUCUCAGCAGGCAGAAGAGUGAGGAAGGAAGCUUAAUUCCUUCCCGAUUCAACUCCCGGCCUCCGACACGCUCCGGCAGUCGACCCAGCACCACCGACUCUCUGCACCACAGCCUCGACUCUGAAUGUGAGCGGUUCUUCCAGGAUUCAGAGUUGGAGGGGUCGUACGAAGAUGGAGCCCAGAAAGGACGGUCCCAGGAGAAGCAAAAUGGACAUUCAGCCAGGGGGGAUUAUGCCCCAGAGCUUUUGAGCAAGCCCAAGAUUCCCCGCACACCCGACACCACAGACAACCAGAACAGAGCUCACAGGGAUGGCAGGCUCAACCUGGCACCCCAGUUUUCACAAUCCGAGCCGCAGCAGAGCAACCGGCCCGGUUCUACCAGCUCCACAGGAAGAAGGGGAGGAGAAGGAGAAGGAGGAGGCAGGCAGUCCAAGAGGAGGUGAGAGGGAGCUGUCACCAUAGGCAAGCGCUAUCUCCCCAGAAGCGUGGGGCUUCCUGAAACUUCAUCCCCCUCCCCGGGUUGGAAUCGAGGCUCAGGCCUACAGAGACGGUUAGGGGAAUGCUAGAGCAGCAAGAGGAGGAAGAGGAGUGGGUGGAACAAUGUGUAGGAUUGUGGCUCUGAAUAUUUCCUCCAUUUGGCUGCAGCACAAACUACCCUGGUAACAUAAUAAGGCUGACCAUAAUCACAACUAGCAACUCUGUGGACCUCGAAGUCCGUGAAUUUCAGAUUUUCUUUUUGGUGUUGUGUGUUCGGAUGUGUCCUCAGUCAUUGGUUGAAAUAAAGAAAUAAAAUAAUUUGUUUAUUUAUUAGAUCUAUAAAUGUGCUCUUUAUGCACUUGAUACGACAAUUGAAAGAGUACUAAAGAAUAAAAUGACCAUGAAUGUUUUGGUGUGCUUUAGUUUGAUUUGAACUCUUGUGGAAAACUUCUUCAUGAAUAAUUUGUGACUGUAUUGGUUGAGCUUAAAAUGUAAAAACCAUCAUUUUAUCUGACUCUCCAGGAAACAUGCAGAUCUCUGUGUGACUCCUCUGGUUAGAACUUGUGUUACAUCGUAUUAAAAAUGUCGUGCAUGUGCUCAGAAAACUUGAAUUAUUUUUUGUAAAUCUCUUAAAUUCUACAUUUUCUCUUCAUUUUCUCUUCUAACUUGUGUUGUAUAUUAUAUAUAAAAGUAUGUGCUAAUUUUGUGUUCUUGUGCAGAUGGAUAGAUGAUGUUCUUAUUUUCUCGUUGUGAUUUGAAUUAUAUUUGUGCCACGUCA